AUGACGAACCUAGCCAUGUUCAUUUCGAGCCGUGAGUAUGUUCCAGCAGAAAACCCUGGCUGUUUCUCAACAGUGGGAAGAGAUACUAGUCAACCAGUUCAAGCGGUGAACAUUGGUAGGGGAUGUCAGCACUUCGGCAUAACCUCGCACGAAAUCGCUCACUGCCUCGGUCUCUUCCAUCAUCAACAACGCUACGAUCGCGACACGUACAUCACAUUCCAUGAAGAAGAUGUGCAAUUCAGAUAUUGGUUGAACUUCGCUAAGAUUCCAAGCAAAUACCUCAGCACCUAUGGUCUCCCGUACGAUGUCGGCAGUGUCAUGCACUACACGCCAACCGAAUUCUCUGAAAGUGACUAUGUUUACGCCCUCACCGCUAAUAACCCAAAUCUCCAAGGCACUAUGGGCUCCAUGGAUGAGCCUUCUUUCCUUGACGUGCAGAUCAUCAACAGGCAUUAUCAGUGUGGCGAUGCCUGUAACACGACUGAAAACCUGCCCCGCUGCUUGAACGGCGGAUAUGUGAACCCUAAAAACUGUAGCGUUUGCAAAUGCCCCACGGGUUUUGCUGGUGACCUCUGUCAACUGAUCGCCUCUUCAGCACCAAUAAGAUGCGGCGGUCUUAUACCGACAACCUCUACGUUGACCAAAAUGAGAAUCCGACUCACUUCAGUGGGACCACGACGAAAAUGCGUCUAUCACAUUAGGGCAAGUGCCAAUUUAUAG